CGCUCACCGCAAACGCAUUUUAGGUUUUCCCCUCUCUAUAGAAAUUGUUUUUUUAGCUUUUUCCGAGUGAGUAGGGAAGAUCAGUCUUCUUUUUGUAUGAAUCUUCGUGCCGACGACGCUUCGAUCUCCGAGCGACUUAAACCGAACCAGAUUCUUCUUUCUGAUGCAAUGGAUAUUGAACAAGUUGAAGAUUUGACAACGGUUUUGAUUGGUUCUGAGAAAGCUGGAAUGGACAGCAAGGGAAAGACAAUGAUAUGCUGUGAAAAGAAGUGGGAAGACAAUGUGAAGGAUUCUUCAGCCAGUGAUCAGGGAAAUUCUGUCAGUAUAGCAGGGUCUGAGGAUAGUAACAAUCCUUUCAAGAGUUCUACUUCAGCAUCGAUCAAUUCGAACAAUAUCAAUAGUACUAACUCUUCCUAUGCUGAUGAUGAUGAGGCCUGUGAUGAAUAUGCUGAUGAUUUCUCUGAUUACGGUGGCAAUGAUGAUUUCUUAUAUGAAGAUGAUUAUUCAAUUAUCCAAUCCCAUUUUGAUAGUGUGGAUCUUCCUCCUGGGGUAGAGGCUUCAAUUCCUUGGUUGAAAGACUCUGUUCUGCCUCCUUCCCUGGGCGAGAAAGCCACGACAUCAAAUUUGGCUGAUGGCGAACUGAAGCCAGCUUCUACCUAUACUUCAACAGUCCCAAGAGAGUCAGUGUCAGAUUGCAAAGAAGGAAAUGAAGAAAAUGGGGAUAUGCAAAAGUUUCUCAGUUUCAAACAUUUCGAUGUUGUGGAUGAUUUCUCAGACCAUCAUUACAGUGAUAUAAACUCAUCAAGAGGGCAACCAAAGGAGUGGGUGAAGCAAAUACAAGAGGAGUGGAAGAUUCUGGAUAAGGACUUACCAGAAACUAUAAAUGUGAGAGUUUACAAAGGAAGGAUGGAUCUCUUAAGGGCUAUCAUUAUAGGACCUGCUAGUACUCCAUACCACAAUGGCCUUUUUGUUUUUGAUUGUUUCUUCCCUCCAAAAUACCCCCAUGAACCGCCGAUGGUUUAUUACUACUCUGGUGGUCUCCGGUUAAAUCCAAAUUUAUACAACUGUGGUAAAGUAUGUCUAAGCCUUUUGGGCACCUGGCAUGGAAACCUGAAUGAGAUUUGGGUUCCAGGGCAAUCAACCAUGCUACAAGUAUUGGUUUCUAUACAAGCUCUUAUUUUGAAUGCUAGACCUUUCUUUAAUGAACCCGGGUAUGAAAGUUUGUAUCCUGGGGCUGAAGGUGAGAAGAAGUCCAGGAAGUACAAUGAGGAAGUAUUUAUUCUAUCGUUAAAGACGAUGAUUUACACGCUAAGAAAACCACCAAAGCAUUUUGAGGAUUUUGUUACCAGUCAUUUUUGCAACCGUGCACGUGACAUCCUCGUGGCAUGUCAAGCAUAUGAAGAGGGUGCUAUGAUCGGCUCGGUUGUGGUUAAAGACGGCGUUCCAGACCCUAACAAAAUUGUACAGGGUAGUUCUGAGGAAUUUAAAGGAACAAUACCGAAGAUGAUCAAUUUGAUGGCUAAAGAGUUCGUGAAAAACGGUUCAACAAACUGCAAACAGUUUCUGGCUAGCUGAAGCUGAUAGAUCUAAAUAAGAUGAUGGGAUGUGUUAAGCCAUUAUAGAAGCUAAUAUAGAUCUCUUUAGUGUACACCUUUUGGUGAAACGUAAUUUUGUCGAACUUGGUUAUGACUACUUUUGGUUUAUAA